AUGCGCGCUCAUUGGCGCUGCCUGCCCCAGCCGACGCGGCUGCAAUGGGGCCCGUGGCCCAAGCAGAUGCCGCCGAAGGGAGCGAAUGUCAAGAAGGUGAUGCCGUUGGCGGUGCAGGAGCCGACGAGCAAGGCCGCGAGGAGGGCGGAUGCGGAGGGACACCAACUUUCGCGCUGCAGAGAGGGGCCGGCGGCCUCGAGGCUGCCGCACCCCGUGCUGGCCAGAGUCGUCGUGGAGCCCUUGAGGCAGCACUUCAACGGCUGGCUUUCCCUCGCGGGCCAGGAGUGCAGUCGGCUCAAACCCGCGAUCGUUGCAGACUUAUUGGGUGACAUCCCCGCGCUGAAGAACAUGUGCAGCGACGUUGUCUGCCUGCUCGACCGCGUGCAGCACACCGUCCAACUUCAGCCCCGCGCCGUCGCGCUGGCGCCCCUGGGCGCGGCGGCGCCCGCGCGGCCCGACGGCGGCUCGAUCUUCCCGCGGGAGGCGCUGGACCUCGCGUGCGGCGCCCCGCGCGCCGCUCGGCUCCGCAACCCGCUCUGCCAGUGCCGCGGCACGCCGCGGCCGUUCCUGGACCGCUGGGGCUGCCGCCGAGUCCUGCCGCCCGGCGGCCCUCGCACGGCGGCGGUUCGGCCGCCGGACUCGAGGGCCGAGGGGCCACCGCUGGGCGGGGCCCUGGCGGAUCGGAGCCGGGCGACGCCGCCGCGGCCGCGCGCGGCCAGCCGGCAGCGGCUAGGCCGCCGCCCUCCGCGCCCCUGCCGCAGUGGGAGCCCGUGGACGGCGACGGCGUGGAUUGGAAGGCCAUGUUCGCCUCCGAGCCCACGCCGCGCUUCAUCCGCGCGCGUCACGCUGUUCGAGGACGACAUGCACGACUUUGGCCUCUCGAGCCUCUUCGUGCGGCUGUACGUCGCGGAGACGUUCUGGAUCGCCAUCUCGCGGUGCUUCCUGCGCGUCGACGGCAUUAAGUGCCGGCUCAUCGAGUCGCGCUACACCUGCCGCUUCGGCUCGGGGGUCGGGGCGAGCGACGUGGUGCACCGCCGCUCAUCCUGGCGCGAGGCUGGGUGGGACGCAGUCAUGAAGAGCAUGGGUCCUGGCUUCCCCAUCGAGCAGAUCAACGACAGCACGAGCCAGUGCCUGCCAGACCGCAGCGCGCCGGUCACGGAGGAGCUCUCGCUCGCGGCGGCCCCCCCGCCGCGGGCGGCGCCGGGGCCGAGCCCCCGCGCGGGGUGGGAGCUCCCCGCGCGGCUGCGCGGCGCGUCCUGCGUGGGCGAGCGCGCCGCGGUCAUCCCCACCUUGGAUCCCGCUGCGGAUCUCAGCCUGGACACUCCCAGUGUCCCUCGGCCUCGCACCUCCGCGUCCAGAUCUCUGCAGUGCCGCCCGGGCCGCUCUUCGCUGUUCGGCCACUCCAGUGUCCCGGAGCCCAGCCGUGCAGCUCCGUCCCGCGCUCAGCUGCUCGAUCAUGUGCUUCUGCCUGGCGAGGUGUUCGCUUCGUCUCCGCACCACGCUUCACGGACCACCGCCGUGCUGGUGUCGUUCAGCUGCUCGGGCUACGCCUCUCAGCUCUUGUCCAGAUGUUACCUGGCCUUCGCCCGCCUGGGGCCCCUCCCCGCAGUUCCGCCCAUGCCGCCCUUCGCUGUUUGGCCGCUCCCGUGCCCCAGCACCCAGUCGUACAGCUGA